AUGAAGAACCUGGCACGUUCUGUUUUCUGGUACCCAGGGCUCGAUCGGGACAUUGAGAAGCUGGUCAACGCGUGUCCAACAUGCAUAGAAUGGGGCAGCAUGCCUCCUGCCCGACAACCCGUGCCUUGGCCGGACACAGAGGAGCCAUGGUCUAGGGUCCAUGUCGAUUUUGCGGGUCCUGUGGAAGGUGCGUGCAACAGUGGCCCACCGCUGAGCAAAGACGUCUGGUUCAAGAACUAUGGAGUGGGUGACAAAUGGAAACCAGGCGCGGUAGAGUCCACCGAAGGCUCGCGAAUGGCAACGGUAAAGACUGCAGAUGGGGAGCAACAUCGCCGCCACCUCGACCAGCUAAAUACCAGGAGGACCAGCGUGGAAGGAGAAGCGGUGGAACCCGACGCCCCCAUGCAAGUACCGACUAAAGGCAGUCAGAACGCAGCGGCAGACUCGCAGUCACAAGGACACGACAGCAGUCACAGUCAGGCUCAAGUAGACACCGACAUUCGAACGCCAUCAGACGGGCCGGCCGAAGCAGAGGUUGCUACCAGCGAGCCGCAAGUGACUGGCCGGGCUGAAGUGACACUGCGUAGGUCGAAGCGGAAGCCCCGGCCCCCGGACCGCUUCACUCCUUAA